AUGUCGACAUCACUCUCUUCUUCUUCUCUUGAUAACGAUCACUCUGCAACUGCACACGAGUUUAGGCCAGGCAAGAACAUGGCAACCUCUGUUUAUGGAACCAUACUCGCCGGCCAAAGCUGUUUGAUAACUGUUACAUGGCGCAAGAAUGUGUUGCUUCAUGGGCUAUCUUUAUCUCUUCAAGGACCAGAUCAACAUGGAAAUUGCUGCUACAAGGUUGAGUUCAGUACCUGGUUUUCCAGGCGGAAAGAAGGCUCCGAGCAGCUACUCGCCGGCGAUAAGACUGUUGAUCUGGUUUGGGACCUCAUGGCUGCUAAUUUCAAUGGUCAAAUUGAGCCGCAGUCAAACUACUACAUCGCCAUUGCAUGUGAUCAAGAGCUCGUGCUUCUGCUCGGCAACCUGGAACAAGAAGCCUUCACAAGGACUGGCUGCAGCCUUCUGCUUGAUCCUCUCUUUGUUUCGAGGAAGGACCAUUUAUCUGGCAAGAAGUUGUUCUUGACAAGAAACAAGUUUCAUAAACGCAGAGCGUGUCACGAGAUUUCAGUCGACUGCUACAAUGACUCUUCGGAAGAGUGUGAUCCACACAUGGAGAUAAGAAUCGAUGGGAAUUUAGUCCUGCAAGUGAGGCACCUUCAGUGGAACUUCAGGGGCAACGAGUUCAUCGACGUUGAAGAAGCUCCGCUGGGGGUCUGCUGGGAUGUCCAUGGCUGGCUCUUUAGCCCGGAACUGAGGCAUUCUCUUGCCAUUUUUCAGCGGACACCGUCGCCCCCAUCUCCGCCACCAGCCCUGGCGGCUUUGUCGCCAUUGUCAUCAUCGUUGGGAUCGACAAUCUUGCCAUCACCUCAGCCUGCAAAUAGCACUGCAGGAGAAGAGUGUCCUACUGGCAAUUUGCCUGGUUUUUUUGUUGUUUCUGUGUACAUGGAAAGUUCGGUUGAACUGGGAUGA